AUGGGUAAUAAGCAAAGUUCGAAUUGUUUAAAUGGUUCGGAAGAAUUUGAAAAAUAUAAUUUGGAACGAAAAACAACCUUACGACAAAAUUUUUUGUGUAAUUUAUUAAGAAAAUCGCGUUGGAUUGCAACAUUUUUCACACGAACAAAUCUCACCAAUAGUGAUAAUCAAUCACAGAAUCGUAGUAUUACAACUAUACAAGCAACUGAUUGCAUACUCAAAAAUCGUCCAGCAUUACGUCUUGAUUCACGUCUUGUUUGCAAAUAUGAAGUAUUAGCUAUAAUUGGAAAAGGUUCAUUUUCACAGGUUCUUCGGGUACAACAUCGUCUAACACAUAAAUAUUAUGCGGUAAAAUUAGUUUCAGCUGAUUGUGGCACUGUAAAUAAUGAAUUAGCAAUAUUAAGUCGUGUACAGCAUCCAUUUGUGAUUCGACUUGAAGAGGUGUUUAAAUCAUCAUCACGAUUAUUUAUUGUAAUGGAAAUGGCAAGUGGUGGUGAAAUGUAUAAUCGUGUGGUAGCAAAAGGAAGAUAUUCUGAAAUAGAAGCACGACAAGCACUUCGAAUGCUUUUAAAUGGUUUAGCAUAUUUGCAUAGCAUUCGAGUGACACAUCGUGAUUUAAAACCGGAAAAUUUAUUGUACAGUGAUGCAACACCGGAUGCUAGAUUGCUUAUUACGGAUUUUGGUUUAGCAUAUCAAACGCAAACAUCGGAGGAGAAAAUGACUGAAACAUGUGGUACACCGGAAUAUAUUGCACCAGAAGUUCUUCUUCGAUCAGCUUAUACUGAAAAGGUAGAUAUGUGGGCAGUUGGUGUCAUUGCAUAUAUUUUAAUGUCCGGUAUAAUGCCAUUCGAUGAUGAUUGUCGAUCUCGUUUGUAUACACAAAUUAUUACAGCUAAUUAUAUUUAUUAUCCACAGUUUUGGUCUGGUUCAGAAUUAGCAAAAGAUUUUGUUGAUGCAUUACUGGAAACGGAUCCGGAUGUACGAUUAAGUGCAACGGAUGCCGUAAAACAUGAAUGGUUUAUGGGAAAUCGAAAUCAGCUAAAAGUAAUAAUUAAAACACGACCUGCUUCCGAUUUUACGACAAUUCAACGGACACGUUCCACGCGAUCAAUUCGAAGUGUUACACGAUCAGAUCACGGUCAUCGCGUUGAUCCACGUGAAGUAGAUCGUUUAGCUAGUGAUUUACAACGUUUAGCAAAAUUUCAACAACAUUCAACUAAACAUUACGGUUUUUUAUAG